CGUCCUAUCCAUUUGAUUGAAAGCAUCCACUUAGAAGAAUCCAAGACCAAAUCCUCGCCACAUAAACCGCUGGUCUUUCGAGUUUCGACUGCCUCGCCAACUCCCACCACUGACUGUGGAGGAAGACACAAGUAAUGGCUUUCUUUAGCUCAAUACCCACGGCAUAUUUUAGCUCUAUCAGCCCUCGAAAUGAGAUUUCCCUUCCUUCUUCACCCUUUAAGCCCCUUAAACUCCCCUGCUAUUGGCCAUGGGAAAAGGUGAAGAUUGGCCCAAUGAGCGUAUCUCCAAUGGGGUUUGGAACGUGGGCAUGGGGCAACCAGCUUCUAUGGGGGUACCAGGAAUCAAUGGACACUGAGCUUCAACAAACUUUUAACUUGGCAGUGGAUAACGGUAUCAAUCUCUUUGAUACCGCUGAUUCUUAUGGGACUGGCAAGUUAAAUGGGCAGAGUGAAAAGCUUCUUGGGAAGUUCAUCCGGGAGCUUCAGGGGAAAAAGCGGGUGCAGGAUGACAUUGUGAUUGCUACCAAGUUUGCAGCGUAUCCAUGGCGCUUAACAUCACAGCAGUUUGUGAAUGCUUGCAAGGCCUCUUUAGAUCGGAUGCAGAUCAAACAAAUUGGAAUAGGACAGUUGCACUGGUCAACUGCAAAUUAUGCUCCUUUCCAGGAGUUAGUUCUUUGGGAUGGUUUAGUGGCAAUGUACGAGAAGGGUUUAGUUCAAGCAGUUGGUGUGAGCAACUAUGGACCAAAGCAGCUUCUAAAGAUACAUGAUUACCUGAAAGCCAGGGGAGUCCCCUUAUGCUCAGCUCAGGUGCAAUUUUCUUUGCUAAGCAUGGGACAAGAUCAGUUGGAAAUCAAGAAGAUGUGUGAUUCCCUGGGCAUCCGCUUGAUUGCUUACAGUCCACUAGGGCUUGGAAUGCUUACUGGGAAAUAUACACCCACUAAACUUCCACGCGGACCUCGGGCCUUGCUCUUCAGGCAAAUUCUUCCAGGAUUGGAGCCUUUGUUAAGUUCACUUAGAGAAAUUGCACAAAGGAGGCGCAAAACUGUAUCACAAGUCGCUAUAAACUGGUGCAUUUGCAAGGGCACUAUUCCAAUACCUGGGAUUAAGACCGUAAAACAAGCAGAGGAAAAUUUGGGAGCUCUAGGUUGGCGACUUAGUUCGGGCGAGUUGGUGCGGUUAGAAAAUGCAGCUCGUGAGUCUCCCCAGAGGAUGAUCCAGAACAUUUUUCAGACAAGAUAAACGGAUGAAAUUUGAAUAGAGAAGGAAAAAAGUGAAUCCUGCACAAAUGAUUCAAAAGCCCAGGGGAGAGAUUAAUAUAAGAUGUUUGUAUUGAUGACAAAGAAGAAAAGCUAUAUAUUGCCUAGAAGGCUGGAUUAGAGGGCAGAGACAAAGCUGCUAUUUCAAAGAGAAGGAUUAUGUUAAGGGAUGCUUCUGGCAAGUUAGUUAAUAGGAUUGAAGAUUAAAAGGUCCGAGUCUGAUUGGCACGAAUUGGGAUCAUGCUAGGGGGCAAGGUUCAGGUCCAUUCUCUAUAUCUAGUGGUUUUUACCACUAUUCUCUUUUUAGUUUUUCACCACCUAAUUGUUUGUAUAACAGUUAUUUUUAUGCUGUUAUGCACAUUCAAAACCCUUUUCAGUCCAAGUUCUUAGGGAUGUUUUGUCCUUCAA